GUCAGUAUGGGAACCCAAAUACGGUGAGCCCUGCUCAUAUAACAAUCAAAUAAGAUCAAAACCCACCGACAUAAUUGUCUUCUAUAGUAGUGUAUCCCCCCGCAGCGACGGACAACUGGUCCAGCCGGCCAGGAACGCCAAGCCCGGCGGCAUCCCAUCCAAUUUCUGGAGGAAUCCAGACUGUCAUCCAAUCUUUCGGCCUUUAACGAUCGGAUCGUCUCUCGUUCCUCUUUCCUUCAUACCCUUACAACCCCGAUCCAUCCGGUGAUAACUCAAGACCGAAGCACUCUUGUCAAAAUGGCCUCUGGAAUCUUCAACUCCACCUACUACGGCAAGGACUACCGCGCCGGAGCCGCCCUCCUGCGUGCCCGCCGGCCCUACCUCGUCAAGAACGCCAUUACCGGCCUGUGCCUCGUCGGAUUCACCAUUGGUGUCUAUGCCUACACCAUCCGCGCCGUCGGCCAGGAUGAGUUCUCCGACGUCAAGGUCCCCGAGACCCCCGCCAAGCCCCAGCAGAAGCAAUAGACGGAUGUCCACAGACAUCCCUUCCUCUUCUCCUGCUUGGAUGCAAUUGGUUGCAAUCGCUUGAACUGUUGGGUGCUAUCGUCGCAGAGAAGAAAUAACGGAGCGUGGGGUCGUGGAGUUGACUCAUAUACAUACCAUACACCGAAGCCUGGUUGCCCGCCGGAAGAUGGUGUAUAUCCCUCGCACUACUGGUACGACUCCACGGAUAACCGCAAGCGAUUGAAGCCCGGCCAGUUGUCAGAUCAAGUUCAAGAUUAUUCGGUAUACCGCAGAUCAAGUGACAGGCCCACCAAAGAUACGUUCAAAAAGCAGGAGUGCUUCCGCAAAUCUUUCCC